AUGAGUAUUGAAAUGAACGGAAAUCAAUCUUUUGAAGAUAAAAUAAAAGAUAUUAUAAGACAAACUUCUUCAUUUUUAACUUGUGAUAAAACUUGUAUCUCUAUAAAUGAAGGACUUAUAGGUUAAUGCUUUACAAAUGGAAAAUGUUUAAAUAUUUAAAAUGCAUAUAAUGAUGUUAGGUUUAGUUAAAAUAUUGACAAAUAAGUUAAUUAUAAAAGUAAUACUUUAUUACUUUAACCUAUUUUUGAUAAGGAAGGUUUUAAUAUUAUAGGAGUGAUAUAAUCAAUAAAUAAACUAAAUGGUUAUUUUGAUAAAGAUGAUGAAAUUAUAAUUUAAAUAAUAUCAAAACUAAUCUAAAAAGUAUAAUAAUGUGAUAAAAACAUACAUUUACAUAAAUUAAUUAAAAUGAUUAAAGAUAAUACUUAAUUAUAAAGAUUUUUUACUUUAGAAGAAUUUAUUUAUUAGGCAGAAUCAAAAUUAUAGUUAUUAUUUAAUGUUUAAAAGGGUAAAAUAUUUAUUAUUUAAAACAAUUAAAUUAUUAAAUUUAACUAUUUGAAUGAAAAAAAUUACGAGAAAUAAAUUUUUGAUAUCAAUAUGGGUAUUGUUGGAUAAACAUAUAAAUAAAAAUAGAUGUUGAAUAUAAAAAAUGCAUAUAAUAACUAAUUUUUUAAUUUAUAAAUAGAUAUAGAGUCAUAAAUGCCUAUUAUAUCAAUACCUGUUUACAAUAAU